GUUGCCACCCCGACGCACACACGUGCUACGAUUCGUGCGGUUCCAGAAUCGCGUAUAAACAAAUUUAAAAUGCCGCCACAGAAGGAAGUUUCCAUUGCACAGACGUUCCCGGACAUUGAGAUCAUUGUGGGCACCUACGAGGAGUACCUGCUGGGCUACCAGAUUGUGGAGGAGGAGGUCAAAGACGAGAACAAGUUGUUGCUGAAACAAACGUUCGCAGACAAGUCCCAUGCCGGCGCCAUCAAAUGCAUUUCGGUGCAGGGCCCUUGGGUGGCCAGCGGUGGGAGCGACGAUCGCAUAUUUGUCUACGACAUGCGCCAGCGAAAGCUAUCCCAGGUCUUGCUCUCGCACAGUGGAACCAUAAACGCGCUGUCCUUUGCACCGGACAUGUCGCAUCUCUUGUCGGGCAGCUCCGAUGGACAAUUGAAGGCCACUCGCGUGGGCAGUUGGGCCGUUGCUGGGGACUGGAAGAAAGCGCAUGCCGGCUCUCCUAUUACACACAUUAGUUGCCAUCCCAGCAGCAAAUUGUGCCUCUCCCUGGGCGGUGAUCGCAUUCUAAACACCUGGAACCUGGUCAAGGGUCGCGUCGUCUACAGGACCAACCUAAAGAGCAAGACCACCUUGGGUGCGGCACCCGACUGUCUCUCCUGGUCGACGGAUGGCGAACACUUCACACUGACUGGCCUUCAGGUGCUAGAGAUCUGGGACAUCAAAACGGCCAAUGUGGCAAGGCGUGCAAAGACCCCAUCCAGACCGAUUUGUGUGGCGUGGCUGGGCGAAACGGAAUGCCUGUCGGGUCUGGAGAAUGGCAGCAUCGCUUGGGUCUCCCUCGCGGACCAUAAAGAGGCUGAGCCAAAGAUACUGCCUGCCCAUGCGGCUCGUGUUAAGGCCGUGGCUUGUCUGAACGACACGCUGGUGUCCGUGUCUAGUGCUGGCGAAAUCAAAGUGUGGCGCUGUGAACUGGAGAAACGGGAGCUAACGUUCAUUGCCAGCACCAGUAUUGGCUGUCGUCCCACCAGCCUGGGUCUGGUCGAUCUCUCGCUGAUCGAAGGCGGCGCGGCUCGUCCAAAACAGAGCCCUGCUGUGCCAGUUGCCACAUCGAGGCCAUCGGAAGUCGAGCCGGAAUUGCAGAUCGAUGCACCAAAAGGUUUUGUCACCAUUGAGUUUGAUGACGAUGCCAAACCGCCAGCAACCACACCGAAGAAAGCAGCCAAAAAAUCACAAAAAGCAGCCAAGAAACAGAAAAAAGCAGAGAUGGACUUUGACGAAAAUAGCAGCGAUGGAGAGAGCGAUCCGAUUACCGACUCUGAAAGCGAUGACGAAAACGACAGUCACCCGGCGCCAACACCCAAAAAAGUGACAAAAAAGUCCGGCAAGCAGAAUGAAGAUUCCAAUGCGGAAUCAUCCGACGAGACAGAGGCAACGGUGCCAAAGCCCAAGGCACGUAAAGAAAAGGCUGAGCAGAACAGCGACAGCGACAGUGACAGUGCACCCAAACGGAAACGCAAGCAGCCAGCAAGCCACACACCCGUCCAGCGCAAGGUUAAAAAGCAAACACGGUAGAAGUGGUGUUUGAAUCUUUUCUCUUAGUUUUGUUUUAUUUCCUAUGUUGACAAUAAAAAGUAGUGGAUUAUCAA